AUGGCGCCGACCCCCCGCAACUACAGCUCCCGGCGUGCCCCAGCCCCGCUCAGCGCAGCCCGACCCAGCCAGCCCCAGCCCCGCUCCGCUCCCGCCGCACUCAGCGCUCCGCAGCCCCCUCAGCCCCUCCGCCUCCGCUCCCACUGCUCUCAGCACUUUCAGUACCCCCAGGCCCCGCAGCCCCUCCCAAUUCCACUCUCGGCUCCCCAGGCCCCGCAGCGCCUCCCGGCCCCGCAGCUCUCUCCCCGCAGCGCUGCCCGCGCACACCUCAGGCGCUGCUCUAUCGCUCCGCGGCCGCUCCCAGCAGCAGCCAAAAUGGCGCUCAGGCAGCUGCGGGCGGAGACUCCCUCGGCCCUGGGGGCGGGGCCGCCCCUCCGCCGGCUCCCAUUGGCUGUGCUGCCAGCUGGGGGCGGGGCUGCCUUGCCGCUCCUGCGCCCCCUUGCGCUCGGUUGCGGAGGCAGCCCACGCUGGACCCUGGCACAAGGAGGAGAAGCCAAAGUCCAGCCCAAAAUGGCCCCAGGAAAAGUACAACAGCAGACUGAGGCCUCCAAGUGCCUCCCUGGCACCCUCAGCACGGCUCUGGCGGGCACAGAGGGCUCCGAUGCCACCGCCCCCAGCACAGCCAAACCGCCCCACAGCUGCCACCGGCCCCAGGCGCUCCCAAGCUCGGGCUCGCCACGGCCACAGCACCCACGCCUGACACCCCCACCAAAGCCAGCCCACGGGCCGCCCCAGGCUCCCCCCCCAGCCCGGCCCUCAGCCCAGCGCUGCCCUGCAGCACCGCAGCCGCCCGGCCCCUGCCGCCACCAAGCCUCCAAGCCCCCAGGGCUCGCCGCGGACACGAAGCCCCCACGGCAGCCUCUGCCGCAAGCCAGCCCCACGCUCACCGCCACCUCUCCUGCCCACACCAGCCCCCACGGCGCCGCUCCCACCUCAGCUCUGCCGCCAGCCCAGCAGGCAGCAGAGGGGCCAGGGGGUGAUGUGUUUGACACUUCAAACAUGCUUAAAGAGCAGCGGCCACAGGGCGCCUGCAGCUGCCCCGAGCAGCGACAGCGAGCGGCAGAGCGGCACCAGGAGCCCCCCACACGCCCACCCCUCACCGGCCCCACCCGCGCCCACACAGCCGCACACAGCCCUCCCACGGCACCGCACACCCCCACCCUGCACACCUCUGCCGGCCCCACCCGCACCCCACCCGCACAGCUCCCACACCGCCCCCAGCGCCACACACCCACACAGCUCCCCACGGCCUGCCCGCGGCCCCACGCAGCUCCCCACACUCACACCCCCCACACCCGCACACAGCCUCUCACAGCCCCAGCGCUGCCCACUCCCACCCUCACGCCCCUCACCCACACCACAGCCACACACAGCCUGCCCCACACCCACCCACUGCUGCCGCACAAACCUGCACCCACCCAGCGCACCCACACGCACCCCACGCACCCCAACCCCACGCACCUGGCCCCGGAGCCCCACACGCCCCUCCCGGACCCAGCACACGACCCUCGGCCCCCGGGGGCUCCGCUCCCCCUCAGCCCCACCGCUGCCCUCUCCCCACCUGACACACGCGGGGGGCGCAGAGCGGAGGCCGAGGCAGAGCUCCGCGCACAGGACGGUGCCGAGCGCCGGCCCCGGCAGGCUCCUGCCGGCCUGGGGAGCUCAGAGCCUGCGGCGGAGGCCCCGGAACGGACUCCGCGGGCGGGAGCGGAGCGCGGGACGGAGCGGAAGUCCCGCCCCCAGCCGGGCAGCCGCAGCCAAUCAGCGCCGCAGAAGGAGCAGGGCCCCGCCCCGCCAUGGCUCCUGCCCGCGGGCAGCAGCAGUGGCCGCGCACACUGCGCCCAGCUCUGCCCUCACCUCUGCGCCGCAGCUGCGCAGCCAGAGGCCGUUUCUGCCCUGCUCCGCUGCUCUGCUCCCCUCGUUCUGCCCUCGCUCAGCAGCGACAGUUCCUCUGUGCCUGUGGGGAGCAGCAGAGAGGCCAAGCCCCGAGCGCAGCCCCUGCGCAGGCAGAUCCUGCCCCUGACGGGCGGGCCGAGGCGCCUCAGCUGCUUCACGUCUGUCGUUAACCACCAAAGGUCCCCGUGCGGGGGUGCACCGUGCCUGGAGGCACUGCAAUACCAGGACGAUGCGCGGAGCGGAGGGAGCAAGCUCCGGAUCCAACUCCCACGGCCAAAAAUCCGUUUAAUAUAA